AUGCUUGUAGUUUGGACUAUGCUGGCUGACCUUAGCACAGAUGAUAACCGCGCAGCCCUUUUUUUUCGAGUCGGGCUAGCUAGUCAGAUCGCAAGCUUUCUUGCCAGUGCGAUUAGCUCUCCAUUGAUGGCUCUCAAUCCUUGGAUACCGCUUUUCUUAGGCUCCGGGGUUGCUUUGGCCGGGCUAGGCUGUGUGUUUUCUCUUCCUGAAACGAUGAACAAAGUAAAAUCGCCUGAGGCAGAACAGAUGUACUCAGAUGAUGACGAACCACCUGGGCCGUCGGAAUCUGCGUAUAAUUUAGUCUCGAGGAAGAUUGAACGCCUCAUUCAGCCUUACUCCUUUCUCUUUACCCGUCCUCUCCUGAUGCUUCUAUUAUCUUUUUUCACCGUGCAAUUUGCACGAAACGCGUUGUCGUUUCUAACACUCUACGCGUCGACACGCUUCGGCUGGAGUAUCGCACAAGCCCAUCUGCUGAGCUCACUCUACCUGGCUGUCACGAUCCCUCUUUUUCUUUUCAUACUCCCAUUGGUUUCAAGCAAGCUUUUGCAUUCUCUGUCUGCAUCAAGGAGAGACCUUCAGAUCGCGCGUCUCAGUAUAAUUGCUUACAUUAUGGGCUCUCUAGCGCUUGGUCUUUCGUCUUCUGCCUCGUUGGUCAUCCCAAGUGUGUGCGUUUAUGCCUUUGGGGCUGGGUUUCCUAUAGUCAUACGAUCGCUCAUUCCCAACUUAGUCAAGCGGGAUGAAACUGCAAAACUGUACUCUGUGUUCGAGAUUGUUCAGGCAGCAGGAGAUAUCUUGGGCGGCCUGUGUUUCACGAAAGCCUUCAGCUCAAGUUUUAGUCUGGGCAAAGAAGAAUCUGGACUCGUGUGGCUAUUGAGCAGUCUACUUUACGGCUUGGUAGAACUGGUACUUAUGCUUGUUCACGUAUAG